CCCACGUAUGCAAUCUUAUCCUCAUUUUCAUAUGUCUUUACAUUAAAUACUUCAACCCCAACACCCACUCCUUUAUCAUCAAAAGCAUUUCUAUUCUCUUUUAUCAAAGCUAAUAAUAUCAUCAACAAUGGCAACUUCAUUUUCUUGUUUCUGUUCUGCUUCACUUCAAUCAUCUGUUAAUCGGGUAAAUCCCGACUUGACCCGAAAAAACCCAACUUCCGGGUCAUCCUGGUGGACCCCACUUUUUGGUUGGUCCUCUGAACCGGACUAUAUCGUUGAUUCCGGUUCUAGCAGUAUUAUCAAAACCGGGCCGAUCAGGGAGGUUUCGGGUCUAAAAUCGGAUCUAGAAACGGGUCAUAGCAGAUCCAAGUUCCAGCCUGGAUGUUUCACGGAAGAGAAGGCAAAAGAGCUAAGGAGAAAGACGAUGCAGAGCUCUAAUUUCCAUGAUAUCAUGUACCAUUCUGCAAUUGCAUCUCGUCUUGCGUCAGAUGUUUCCGGUCGGUGACAAAAUCGCCGCAGAUUUGUUGGUGUUCUUUUUUGCUGCCAAAGUAAUCUGCCGACUUGAAAAUGUUUUUUUUUUCUUUUCUAGUUUUUAUGAAAUAAAGAUUUGACGACUUGAAAAUGUAUGGAAUGUUAGUUAUUAUUGGCAAAAAAAUUCCUUAGA